AUGUUAAACUUACCGACUUACGUGAUCAAGGCAACCCUAUGGCAAGUCAUCAUAGCAGCUACUUCAGCCAUUUUGGUAGGAGGCACAGGCGAAUGGAGUGAAGAUGCCGAAGAUUUAGUAUCAACCGUGGACGUAGAUGCAGUACUUGGCCGAACAGCGUCUCUGCCAUGUGACGUUACUCCGGACACAAACGAAGAUCGUGUCUAUAUGGUGCUUUGGUUUCGCAAAAGCGGCGGAAAACCGAUAUACAGCUUUGACGUACGUGGGCGUUCGUUCAUCAAAGCGCUCCAAUGGUCCGAUCCCGGGGCGUUCGGUCCGCGGGCCUAUUUUGCGACUAUCGCAAGGCCUGCUUCUCUCACUCUUAGCUCUGUGCAGUUGGACGACGAAGGCGUGUACAGGUGUCGCGUCGAUUUCAAGAAUUCGCCAACGAGAAAUUUCCAGAUACGCCUAAUAGUUAUAGUGCCACCACAUCAAAUGCUGUUGUAUGACAAAUCUGGUGCAGACGUAUCGGGCAUUGUGGGUCCAUUAGAAGAAGGGUCAGCAUUGGUUUUGGUUUGUGAAGUGAGGGGAGGACGCCCACAACCCGUUGUCUCCUGGCUAAUUAAUGGAACUGGGGAGCCCAAAUUUAUUGGAGUGAAAACUGAUACGCACGUGGUUGUGAAUCGUUUAGAAAUUCAAAAACUCCAUAGGGAGGACCUCAACACUACUUUUAAAUGCCGAGCGACGAAUACGCAUCUCGUUCCCCCGCAGGAGAAAGCCGUUCGUCUUGAAAUGAAUCUGUUGCCACUCUCCGUUUCAUUGUUGGAUCAGCCCAAGCAAUUACUUGCGGGUUCACUAACUACAUUACGAUGCGUCACUAAAGGUAGCAGACCCCCAGCACAAAUAAGCUGGUAUAAAGACAAUAGGAGUUUUGGAAUGGAUAAGGUAAGCGAAUAUAUUAAUGAGACAUGGUCUAUGAGCACAUUGAUAUUUAAACCGACGCCAAUUGACAACGGGGCACUUAUUAAGUGUGGUGCAGUCAACCCAGCCCUACCGGGGAAGGAAAUAGAUGAUCAAAUUCAUCUCAACGUCGUAUACAGUCCGCUGGUGACAUUGACAUUAGGUACUACACUUAACCCACAUGACAUCAAGGAGGGCGACGACGUGUAUUUUGAGUGUAACGUUCGAUCGAACCCUCGAGAACAUCGGAUAUCAUGGUUUCACAAUGAUAUACCUGUGACGCAAAAUAUGACGUCCGGAAUCAUUUUAAGCACUCGGUCCCUCGUUCUACAAAGAGUGACAAGGAGGGAGGCGGGAAGGUACGCUUGCAAAGCCGCCAAUAUUCGUGGAGAAACUUCCAGCGAAAUAGUGACAUUACGAGUACAAUACGCGCCGGUGUGUAGCGACGUGUCUCCCCAAAUCGUCGGAGCAGCUUUAGACGAAGAAUUGCACGUGAGAUGUUCAGUACACGCCGAUCCAGCAGAUGUCACAUUUCUAUGGCAGUUCAAUAACAGCGGUGAAAGCUUCAACGUCUCACCAGCUCGUUUUGGAGUCAUUAACGGAAGCACUAGUGAAUUACGCUACACGCCGGCGAGCGAAAGAGAUUAUGGUGCACUAACCUGCCGAGGCACAAAUGUGGUCGGCCGCCAGUUGCAACCAUGCAUUUUUCAAAUUGUGCCAGCUGCCAGACCAGCGCCUCCACGUAACUGUACAGUAUUGGCGAGCAACGAUUCUAAUUGGAUCGAGGACACAUUUAAGGAUGAAAUUGAGGAUUACAUCGUAAUUCGCUGCGUUACUGGUUACGACGGCGGCCUACCUCAGCUAGUGGUGUUAGAAGCUUUGGACCCUAUUUCUGGAACAGUAAAGUUCAACAUUACUGCAAACGAAACAAAUGGCGUAGCGAUGUUUCUCAUUCCUGUCGGGCUGCUAUGGGUAAAUAAUGCAGCUUUGCGGCUCACAGUUUAUUCAAGAAAUGAAAAGGGAGUAUCCGAAAGGAUUAUGCUCAGCGCACUGGCCUAUCAAGAUCCUGAACGCCGCACAGAUGGGAAUCACAGUCUCAUGGCCGGAGUCUCUAGAGCUGCUUUCUGGACUGUCGUUCUAACUGUAGUCGUUUGCACAGUAACGGCAGUGAUAACGGGAUUGUUUUUACGAAGAAAAAGAAGACACUCACCAGCGAAGGAACAUACGUCACAUUUGCAAUUAAACUCAGGGGAUGGUCAAUAUGUUGUGGCAUUUACAAUAAAACCACCAAAACAAAGUCAACCCGAUAUUCUUAACCCGCCACAAGAUUCUGGAAGCUCGUCGGUUGAGAAAUGCAAUAUAGAAUUAGCUGUCAAAAAUGGUACUCUCAAAAUAAGUGAAGAAUGGACAAUGGGUGAGCACGAUUCACUAGAAGCUAGUCAAGAACCACUUCAGCCCAUUCUUUCAUCGCCGAGAGUAGCAAUUUCAAAUAAACAGCCAAUCACUAUGAAUACCGUGACGAUAAGUAAACGUGGGCACCUCAUAGCCGAAGAUAUACCAGGACCAGAAAGUUGUGUA